GGUCCUCAUGGCUUGAUCCUAUACGUGGUCACCAAGGAAGGAUGGAGAAGGAUGGGGGAUGUGGGCAAAGCUCCACAGGGGGGGGUCUGGUGUGGGGUGGGGGUUCUCUGUGCCCCCCAGGUAUAGGAUGGGGUGACACAAAGGAUGGGCAGCCAUGGGUGAACCCCCCCUCCACACAACUGGGACACAAUGGGGUCCCACAGACCCCCCCCAUGGGGAUGGAUGGGGGGCAGCACCCAGGAGAGCCCACAGACCCCCAUGGGGCGCUGCCCCCUCCAUCCCACUGUGCAGCGGGUGGGGAUCAAUGGGGUGAGCAGAGCAGAGGGUGGCACAGGGGGGGUGAUGCUGAGUGGAGACCCCCCUGGAAGGGUCCUUUUGUAGGGAGCUUCGUGUCCCACCACCCCAAAUGGGCUGAGAGCAACGAGGCCGUGGACUCUUUUGAGAUGGAAGAGGUGCUGAGUGAUAGUGAUACCCACAAGGGUGAUGAUGAUGAUGAUGAUGAUGAUGAUGAUGAUGAUGAUGGUGAUGAUGAUGAUGAUGAUGAUGAUGAAGAUGAAGCCAGCUGCCCCAUGAGGUCACGUAGAAGUCUGAUGCUCUAUGGGGUCGGUGGGCACUCGGACAGCAGCGGCUUCAUGGACGAGCCCCUUCCUGAGCAGACAACGUGAGCCCACAUGGGGGUCUCCUGCCUGCACCCCCCUCCCCCCUUAAACUGAUGCUCCAAUGGAUGCAAGCAAAGACUGCAGCACUUCAAGCAAUGGAGCUGAUCCUCAGCCUGGAGCUGAGCACCGUGUGGACACUCUGUGUGUGUGUGUGUGUGUGUGUGCAGUGUAAAACGUGUGUUGGAUGCACCCAAAACUCAGGACCGACACUUGCACACCCCCCCCCUAUAUCCCCCCUUCAGCCCCAUUGAAUGGGGGUUUCACUUUGCACUUUGGAGUUGGCUGCUUCCCCGACACUCGGAACACUACCAUGGGGGAAGAGCUGACAGCACACUGGAAAUAAAGGUCCCAAUGGGGUCAG